UAGGUGUAUCAAUCAAAUUUACUUUUAUGCACUAUUUAACCCUCUCGUGAAGAAAAAUGUGUGAGAACUCAGAAGGGUAAAGAAGGGUAUUUUGAUUUUAUUAGGUAUUAUGGAGUAUUCAGGUUGCAGAGGAGAGGCGAAGAAGCGGGCAAUCCAAGAAGAAUGGGAAGAAAACGAAGAAGAGGAGGCCAAACGGAGCUGCAUCAUCAGCGAUGUGGACGAGUUUUUUGCUCUGCUCCAGCGAAUUAGGGAAACAGGUAAGCAAUUCCCUGCGCUCCGAAAUGCAAAUGCUACCAAAUCCCUCACUUCUUUACAGGCGAGAACUUGUAAUCCAGUAUGGCGGCUUUCGUUUGAUUGGGAAGAUUUCGACGGCGUUGGGAAUGGAACCCGCGACGUCAAACCCUCCCCUCCAUCAAAGGCACAGGUGCUGAAUCUCAAUUCCAAACAAGGCGUAAAACGGCAGAGCAUCUGUUUGGAUGAGAAAAGUAAUGGCGAUACAGAGAUGCCGGAUCUCAACUUGCCUUCCACCCCGCCAGUGCUGCAACUCUUUUACUAAAGACACAUAUUAUAAGCCUGGUCAUUGACAUUUUCCUGGUUUUUUAACACUUUUUUUCCUUAAGGUGUUUAUUUAGUGCUUUUUUAAGCAAAUGGCGAAACAGAGUUCUGAGUCAGGGUUUCUUUUGUAAUGGCUUUCUCUGUUCUUACGAAUUUCUUCGUUGGAUUUCGUUUUGAUUAGUGCUUCCUGAUAACAAUUUACAAGUUACAUAAACGGUUGUGUUUUUAUGACUUGAUUCAUGGUUUCAAAGAUUGGAAAUGGUUUGUAA